AUGGAAGAUGUAACCGAAUUAAGGAAGCGAUUUUCUUCUCCAUCUGAAGCAUCUUUACAAAUUAAACCUUUAGUUCCUGCCAUUGACUUUGUUAGAAGCACUUUCCAAAUAUGGGACAAAAUCGUUAAUGAUAGAACUCUUGACAUUCCUUCUCACCAGGUUGUGAUUGAGGUUGUGAUUGAGGUUGGUUUGGAUUACGAAUUUCAGCCGCCCCCUGCCCGCCCGUCAAUCUACAUCCGCUGCUCUUCUUCGUUGCUCUUUUGGUGCAAGGUGAUGAUUGCUAAAAUUAAAUGUGAACAAAUUGACAAUGAUAAAUUUAAUGGGUUCAUUACUAACGAGGAAAUCAAACCAAUAUUUGAUUCCUUACUGGACAACCUAUCUUCCCAAGCUCUAAGUGAUUUCAAAUUAAAAAUCGACAAAGAAUUGAAUGAAGGGAAAAAAUUUAGCCAGGCUGCAAAUUGGUCUAGGAUGUUGACGAUGUUUGAGAGUGCAUACGAAGAUUCAAAGAUUCAACAAGUGGAAUGGACAAUUGCAAAAAAAAUAGAAUGGACAUCUGUAAAUGUAAAGAAGAAGUUGGUGGCUCAAAUGAGAGAUCAUGCGAAUUCCAUUAGGUCAAUUAAACAAAAUGAGUUUAAAAACCAAGUUAUGUCAAAACUAAAAAGUGGAUUGAUCAAGUCUAUGGGAGCUAUUUUGAAAACACCCGAAAAUAAUAUGUGGGAUAAACUUAAUGAUCUCUUUCGUCACGAGACAGACUUGGCUUACUAUGAGUUUAGGGCUGCCCUGGUGGACUUCGGGGUAGAUAACACUACUAAAUUGGAAGAACUUCAAACUUUGAUGGGAUAUGGAAGACAUAUAAUCGAGAAGAGUGUGAGGAAAGAAAUUCCACAAAUUGUGCAGAUCAUGCAAAAGAAGUUUUGUCAAAUAUUGUUGAAUGAAUCACCCGACUCAAUUAUUGCAAGAACUUGGAAAGGAACCGACAACCUUCAGGACAUUAUAAAAUUGGCUCGUAUUGAGUGUGUAAAUAUUAUAUCGGUUAUGGCUAUAAAUCGUUUGGAAAAUAAGGAAGGUGACAACAUUCAACAAAUUCUAGUUAAUACUUUACUACAAGAAGGUGGAGAGGAAAGUCUCCCAUCUAAUAAUUGGGAUGGGGUGGAGGCAUCUAAGACAUUGAUUAGCCCAGCUGCUUGUGCUAUUAUUUGGGAUCAGUUUCUAAAAUCCUCUGGCUUGAUUAUUAAUUCUGUUGAGCAAACUAUUCAAGCAAGGAUUGAUGCUGAUAAAGCAGGAUUAGCUCCAGAUGAUGAGGUUAGUUUCUAA